GGAAUGGACAUCCUGGUCUACAUGUGACGUCACUUUUGAAACAGGAACCCAGUCAAGGGCAAGGACGUGUACAACCCCAGCACCAGCUCAUGGUGGUUUAGACUGUAUUGGCGACAAGGCACAAACUAAACAAUGUCACAAGCAGCUUUGCCCUGUGCACGGUGGGUGGAGCGCGUGGGAAGCGUGGGGCACCUGUUCGGUGACAUGUGAUAUCGGCAUACAAAGACGACAGCGCACGUGUACAAACCCAGCACCCCAGCGAUUUGGCGACCACUGUUUCGGUUUUAGCUUGGAUGACCGGCUGUGCAUGUCUAUAGCAUGUUCAGAUGGCGGAUGGACAGCCUGGGGAUUCUGGGGAACUUGUAGUAUCACCUGUGGAGGAGGUUUCCGGUCACGGUCUAGGACCUGUACAAAUCCGAUACCCUCGCUUAGCGGCAAAUACUGUAAAGGCGAUACAAUACAAGUAGGAGCAUGUAGCAACAACGUUUGCAAAGAACCUAAUGUCGCAUUCCGAAGUAAGGAUGUGGUCAGUACCAUCCCGCAUUCCGGACAAACUAUCGUGUUCAAGACAGCCACACUGAACGAAGGCAGCGGCUAUGAUAAGACCACAGGGAUAUUUACAGCACCAGUAGCAGGAACAUAUUUGUUCUCAAUACAGCUGUGUGUUGAGAAGGGACACGAUGUUGAUUACGCUAUAGUUGUAGACGGCGUAAAUGUAAAAGUAGGUCAUUUUUCUGAUGCAACCUGGGAACUAUGCUACUCAGCAGAGACCGUAGCCAUUUUACGUUCCGGGAGCCGUGUUUGGGUGAAAUGUGAUUAUGACACGUGUUAUCUACAUCAACGUACUCACUAUUCGAACACAUUCUCUGGUGUGUUGAUUCACUCAUAAAAUUCAACUAUUAUUUCAAUAGAUAGCAAUUGAACGUUUAGCAGUUUCAGCGACAUAUGUGUACAAUACAAUGUAAGUUUUGUAUUCCAUUGUUGGUUUUA